GGCGAUGUUACCAUAACAACCUCAAACCGGUACCAACGAAGAAGAAAGAAGCAAUUCCAUGCACUUUAUAAACAGAGUUUAGUGAACGCUCUCUGAUCCCAGAUCAGUGCAAUUCAGACUGUUAUGGUUUCUAAAAUGUGUGAUGUUGAUGUGAGAGCAGUUUGUAAAGUGGCUCAGAGAAAGUCUGUUGGUGUGGAAAGACGGCAUGAGAUCAAACCUCCAACAUCAGCAUCAGCACCAGCAGCAGCGAUGAAGAAGAAGAAGAAGAUGAAGAAGAAGAACAAAGCAGUAGUGAUGAAAUGCAACAUCUGCCUGAAUCAGUACAAACCACAGAACCUGGACAAACACAUGCACAGCCUCACACACCACGAGGCCAUUGAGAGUCUUAAAGCCGGGGAGCAGAAGCACAAGUGUUGGGCGUGUGACGUGUCCCUGCCGGGUUUGGAGCAGUUCAGCAAACACAGAGAGAGCGCGGCUGAUGGUGGAUUACAACAACGACGAGCUAAAAGUUCUGUGUGCUCAGAGAGAUCACAACCGCAUGAUGGCCAAAAGCAGAAGAAUAGAGAGAAGAUGAAUAAAAAGAGAGAAAGAAAAGCAGCGAAGAUCCAUGGGGGAUUUUAUCAAACUACACGGACGAAAGCUUUCGGCAUUCCCGGACCACAGGCGGUGAACUCGGCAUCGACCGACAACAGAUGUGUCGCUUUUCUACUCAAUAAUGAGAACAAAGAAGGAAGGACGAACACAGAAGCUGGUCCUCUGUCUCAAAGCCAAUCCCAGGCUGAAUAUCAUCAUUGGCAGCUGUCAAAGUCCGUCUCCCGGUUCCAGAACGAGGACGUGCACUUUGCAGGUGACGAGUUAUCUCGGUCGGACAUCUUUUCUUCCUGCGCUGAAGACCGAUCGCAGCAGAGCAGGGAGCAGGAUAAAGUCGUGCUCGGUCAGAAGAGAUCGUGUAACGCCAACACCUUUGAAUCUCCAUCCAUGAAGAAGCAAUGUACAAGAGAUCUUUCAUUCAUGAAGGCCAGAUUCAUGAACGCCAGAUUCAUGAAGGCGUCUGUUUGUCCCGGAGAAGUUGGGCGCGUGAAUCCGCCUGCGUCCGCUGCCCGCCUCCACUUCCUGCUCCAGAACCAGAUCACUUAUCCAUAA